AUGUCAAAUAUGAAAGAAAUAUUUGAAAAGAUUUUUACCGAGUUCUGUAUCAAAGACAUUCGUGUUUGUAUCAGCAAAGAAAUAUUAGGUAACAGCAGAGUUCGGUCUAUUCUGACAUGUACGCGACUGCUUUGGCGUGGAAGGCGCUUCUUCGAGGAAGAACACGCCGCGCACGCAAUGUCGGCGGUUCUUAGAGUCCUGGCUCACUACGCCGCUAUCAAUUCUAAUGCAGCUGUUGAUGUCUGCUUGCAUUUCCUAUGCGAUCUGAUUAAUGGUAUUAGUCUACACGAGAGUGCAUCACCGUUGUCACAUCAGAGCGCCUACAGCGUAGAACAGCUACUGGCCUGUCUAAACGCUCUAACGCAAUGUUUUAAUAAAAACCCAAAUAACAUCCUCUGCAGUGCUCUAGUGCUGGAUGCUUUAAUAUCGUAUCAACCACCGAACUUAGUGAUUAGAGCCUGUACGGCCAAUGCGUUGGCUCAGGUGUUAAAAUCAUGGCUGGAACUUCUUGUAGGUGCGUUGAACCACGCAGUCCUUGUUGACGACAACGGUAUGUCGGGAAUGUUGCUCGUAGUGACUUCACAGAUUGGAAUGGAUGUUCUCAGGUUAGAAAAAUUGUUAGGUCAAGGUAACCAAGGUACAGACUUCAUUCAAAGCAUAUUAACUGACGAUCAAGAAAUAAAUGCUUUAAAGGAAUCCGCUUCGGAGAUGAAAACUUGUACACUGCGUGUGGCAUCAGAGUUAAUUGUUUUUGUAAAGGAUUAUCAAGAUCAAAUCAAUACAGAGGAAUACAGCAUGUUCUUAAAGUUUCUGCUCAAUUUCCUUCAACAUAACACAAACUCUUAUACCUUGUCGGAAUUCUGUGAUACACUCUUUGCUAAAGGUUAUUUAACGAUGCUGCCCAAAUGUCAUAUAAGGAGAAACGAUUCAAAUGUUCGCAAAUUAAGCACACUAAUUUUAGGGGAAAUGCUAAUAGUACUAGCCAAGAAAUAUCUAGUGAAUGAAACAGAGAAUAACGAAAUGUGCGCCGAACAAAUUCAUUUAUCACAAUGGCUCAAAGCAGAAGAUUCAUUGCCCGAAGACUUGGCAAAGGAAUUUGAGGUCUGGGAGCUUUUGCUCAACGUUCUUGUUAAAUGCACGGAAAAUACAAUCAUUCAUAAUUGUAUGGAGGCGCUCAAGUUGUGCUUAGAAGAAGCGGACUAUGAAUCAAAACAGGUCUUUGCAACUACGAUUUGGUCGAAGCUGCCUGAAGUUCUGUCCAAAGCGUUGAUUGACUAUAAUUUUGAAAUUGGAACAAAUAUAUGUUAUUUAAUGGAUAUUGCUACAAAUCUAUUACCUACUGAAUUAGACCAGACUAUUUGUCUCAAAACAGCCGUUGUACUAACGGUACUUUUUUCAAAAAGCAAUCUAGAAGCCACGUAUGAAUCGAUUGAAACAAGGAAUCAUUAUGAGUACGUGUGCUUGAAAUUGUGCUUCGUUUUAUUAUGCCUAGCUCAUGACAAAAACGACAAUAGAGUAUUAUUGACGUACACAAAUCGCGAAGGGUUUCUACAAGGCGUCCUUUUAGCCACAAACCACGUAGACGACCGCGUCGCGUGCGCUGCUUUGGAACUACUGUGUUACGUAGUGCGUUUCUUCGCUAGGAACAACUACCAGGAUUCUGAAAACCAAUCGGCAGCUGGAUGGAAAACUUUAAGUUCCAUUUUCAAACAUGCAGUCGUGUACAAAAGGGACUCAAAGUUAGCCGCAAUACUCGCAUCCCAACCGUGGACACACACACUCAUAAGGUUCCAAAUAACCCAGAACGUCACAAGAGAAUUCCUAACCUUCGCACACGGAUGGUUAACACUUUUGGAAAUGAUAAUACGGAAGAGCCAGGAAGGUCGGAAACGUUACAUGUCUAAAUAUAAUCCUGUAACUAAAACACUGAUAUUAAUUAAAAAUAAUUUAGAUGUUGAGGAUGAAUUAAAGGAGUUAAAACAGGAGAUCAUUCAGAUAAUUGAUAAUAUAGCUGAGAUGACCAGUAUUACAUUGAAAUAA